AUGGAUGGAGACGGAGCGCAGUCGCUGCCGGCGGCGGCGGAGGAGCAGUACGUCAAGGCCAAGAUUUCGGUGUGGUGGGACAUCGAGAACUGUCACGUGCCCAAGAGUUGCGAUCCGCACACCAUCGCGCAGAACAUAAGUUCGGCGCUCGUCAAGAUGAAUUACUGUGGGCCCGUCUCCGUCUCAGCCUACGGCGACACCACCAGGAUCUCGUCCUCCGUCCAGCACGCGCUCAACAGCACCGGCGUCGCGCUUAAUCAUGUCCCUGCCGGUGUGAAAGAUGCAAGUGACAAGAAGAUUCUGGUUGACAUGUUAUUUUGGGCUGUUGACAAUCCAGCGCCCGCCAAUUAUCUACUGAUUUCUGGAGAUAGAGACUUCUCAAAUGCUCUACACCAACUUAGAAUGCGUCGGUAUAACAUUCUUUUGGCCCAACCUCAAAAGGCAUCUGCAGCACUAGUCGCUGCCGCUAAGAGUGUAUGGCUUUGGACGAGCCUAUCUGCUGGAGGGCCACCACUUACAAAUGCUGAAUCUGCCCAAUUUGUAACUAACAGCAAUGGACAGUUACCUGUCAGUGACUCAUUGCACACUGAAGCCGUAGGUGGAAACCAACCUCUGAAUUCAUUUCAUGGCAGUCUAAAUUUGGGAAAUCAGAAAUUUUCGAAUGCAGGAAGAGAAAGUGAUCCAAAAUACAAAGGGAAACAAAUUUGGCGAACCAGCACCCAACCCGGUAUGCAAAGAAACCCAAGUAACAUGAUUAAGCCUGAAGAAAAUUAUAACAAUGCCAAAUUCCAAACGGCAUAUGGGUACCCUAAGCCGUUCAAUCUUCCUCUGGACUCUUCUGGUGCCUAUAGAGCCCCUAGUACUGGAUCAGGACCCUCUUAUUCUACUGGUCCUGACUCUUGGGCCAACGGUAAUUACCAUCAUGGAACUUAUCAAAAUCAAUAUCAUCAACAAUUCAGGGCAAAUGUGCCCCCUGUUGAAAAAUGUGCACCUGAUGUUAGCAAUUUACAUAUUUCCGAGCCGCCAAACAAUUCACAACAAACAAAUGGAGGAGAGAAAAGGGCAGCUUUACUUGAGCCUGCAAACCGCCCAAGUUUAAAGAGUCCGCAAAAAGGGUAUACAACACAGAAAAGAUCUUCUUACCAAGAACCAAAUACCGCUAGUCGUCCUCAGGCUAAUCAAGAAAUUCGACCACCAAACCUCUCUUCAGCAUCAGGAACUGCUGUUAUCUCUGUUAAUGGUGUUUGGGGAACAUCUGGAUACCCUAAACCUUCUGAUUAUGUGCAAGGUCUUAUUGGGAUUAUUAUACUUGCUUUAAACACCCUUAAGAAUGAGAAAAUUAUGCCUACCGAGGAAAAUAUCACGGACUGCAUCAGAUAUGGAGAUAUCAAACAUCGCAAUACUGAUGUCAAGAAAGCUUUGGCAUCUGCCCUUGAGCAGCAGUUGGUAGUACAGCACCGAUUAGGCAACCUGCAGUUGUAUGUGGGAAAAAAUGAAAAAGUUUGGCAAUGUGUGAACCCUAUGGCUGGAGAUGCAAUCAAGUACCCAAAGGCUACGUGGGAUGAAAUCCAAAAUUUCCUUUCGUCCCCUGCUGGAAGAUCCGCAAUACAGGAUACACAAUGCAGGUGA